CUGCCCCGACACCCCAUUAUCCCCUCCCUCUGACCCCUCAGUACCUCCUGCCCUGACACCCCCGGCACUGGAGAGACCGGGAAUGUUGGACACACAUGCGAGAUAUUUAGAGAGCGAGAGAAAACUGUCAAUUAGAGAUGAAUUCAAGUUUGGGGGAGUCCAUGGAGGAGCAUGAAGACUCACCGGGAGGUGAAACAUGGCACAGUUUCCACGGAACUCUAGGUGACUUCUUGACAUCCGGGUUACCAUGACACUCAGCAGAGGACUGUGGGAAUAAAGUGGGAAUCCCUCCCCGCCCUCAAAAACCACCUAAUGGCCUCAACUGGGGCUCACCUGGUAUGCUAACGUCAUGGGGAGCUGCUGCAGCUACCUGUGCAGAGACAGUGUCCCGAAUAACCACCCCACCAAAUUUAAGGUAACAAACGUGGAUGAUGAAGGUAACGCUCUGGGAUCUGGGCUUAUGGAGCUAACGCAGAUGGAGCUCAUCUUGCACACACACAAGCGCGAUGCUGUCCGGUGGCCGUAUCUUUGCCUGCGCCGCUAUGGCUAUGACUCCAACCUCUUCUCCUUCGAGAGCGGACGCCGCUGCCAGACGGGACAAGGGAUAUUUGCCUUCAAGUGUUCAAGGGCGGAGGAGAUCUUUAACCUGCUGCAGGACCUGAUGCAGUGUAAUAGUAUCAAUGUGGUGGAGGAGCCAGUCAUCAUGACUAGGAGCGGUCACUCCACUGAGCUGGAGCUAUCCCGGACACCCCAGACACCCAACACUCUGGGAUACACUGUUCCAGGGUUCCCCAAUGGAUUCCACAGCUUCCCUGGGGAAGCUCCAUCCUACUCCACAGCCCGACACCCUUCCAUGAACAGCUUGAGACACUCCUCCAUUGGGGAGGACUCCACACAUGGCCUCAUUGGGCCGGAUGAGCAGUCCCACACCUAUGUGAACACAACCAAUGGCGAGGAGGAGAUAAGGGGCCGGCACUGCAUGCAUUCGCUGCCUGAAGUCCACCCUCCUUUCCUGCACGGGAACCACAGCUGCUCUCUGGAGGACCGAAACCCCCAGGUCUUCCUGCAGCCAGGGGAGGUGAAGUUUGUGCUGGGUCCUGCCCCAGUUCACAGGCACAUGGUGAAACGUGACAGCUCCUGCCGUUACCAUCGGGAAUGCGGUGGACACAUUUGUGCCCCUAACAACAACAACGAGUGCAAGGAUGAGUGCCUCGUGCCUAGGUGUGUGUACGAGAAUGUGAAUGGCCUGCUGCCUGCUGGGGGCACAUCUCUCCGGCGUGGCGGGCGCUUGAAACUCACCCGGGAGGACCUGGGCUUAAACAGCUGCUCUCACCGCAGGACGCCCCUGCUGCACUACGAGAACCUGCCAUCCUUGCCUCCUGUGUGGGAGUGCCAGCCGCUGCGGCAGGACGAGGACUCUGGGGACGUGCUGACUCCUUCUCCAAAUGGCUACCCCGAGCCGGACGAAGACGACCCCCUGCAAAACUACAUGAACUCGGAAAACACUGCACUGCACAGCGGCCUGCGUCGGGAUGACUUCUUGCAGCACCGCCACAACUGCACGCCCAGUGUCUUCAGCUUCGACUUCCGCCGGCCCUGCCCGGAGCAACAGCGGCAACUCAACUACAUCCAGGUAGAGCUGGAGGGUGACCCCCACAAGGGGCGCCAGAGCCACCAGGUGCCCUGCGCCCCGCUUUCUGCCACCCAUCCAGCCAGCAGGAUGGACUCGUAUGCGGUCAUUGACCUUAAAAAGACAGCAGCCAUGUCCAACUUGCAGAGAGCGCUGCCCAGAGACGAUGGGACUUCAAGGAAAACUCGGCAUAACAGCACCGACUUGCCUGUAAUUCCCCUGAAGAAAUUCAAAUCCAUGCGGCAGGUGAUGAAGGAGAAGGGUGUACUCAAGGACUACCUGAAGAACCACAAGUAUGACCCAGCCAGCAAGUACUUCAACAACUUCGCUAUUGCCUACGAGGCCCUGGCUAAUGACCUGGAUCUGUCCUACUAUGGGGAGAUCAGCAUUGGAACCCCACCCCAGAACUUCCUGGUUCUCUUCGACACUGGCUCAUCCAACCUGUGGGUGCCCUCUACGUACUGCCAGAGUCAGGCCUGCACCACCCACACUCUGUUCAACCCCAGCGCCUCCUCUACUUACUCUUCCGAUGGACAGACCUUCUCUCUGCAAUAUGGCAGUGGCAGCCUCACUGGAGUCUUUGGCUAUGACACCGUGACAAUCCAGGACAUUUCCAUCACAAAACAGGAAUUUGGCCUGAGUGAGACCGAGCCUGGCACCAGCUUUGUCUAUGCUCAGUUCGAUGGGAUCCUCGGUCUGGGUUUCCCUGCCAUUGCUGCUGGUGGUGCCACCACUGUGAUGCAAGGUCUGAUGCAGGAGAACCUCAUCGAUUCCCCGCUCUUCAGCUUCUACCUGAGCGGGCAAGAGGGCAUUCAGGAUGGUGGUGAACUUCUCUUUGGAGGAGUUGACUCCAAUUUGUACUCUGGUCAGAUUGUCUGGACGGCUGUCACCCAGGAUGCUUAUUGGCAAAUUGGAAUUGAAGGUUUCUCUGUUGACGGACAGUCCACUGGCUGGUGUAGAAGUGGCUGCCAGGGGAUUGUGGACACUGGAACUUCCCUCCUCACUGCUCCACAAGAAAUCUUUGUGCAGCUGAUGGAGGAUAUUGGUGCUCAGGAGAACGGCUACGGUGAGUACGUGGUUAGCUGCAGCAGCAUUGACAGCAUGCCUACCAUCUCCUUCACCAUCAGUGGAACUAGCUUCCCGUUGAGCCCCUCUGCCUACGUGCUCCAGAGCAAUAGCAGGGAGUGCGUCGUGGGCAUCUCACCCACUUACCUGCCAUCCCAGAAUGGGCAGCCCCGCUGGAUCCUGGGUGACGUCUUCCUCAGGUCGUAUUACUCUGUUUACGAUGUAGGCAACAGUAAGGUGGGCUUCGCCCCAGCAGUGUAACUGCCACCAACUGUCUUCCAUGCUGCUCCAAAUUGUCUCCUGCCUCUCCUCCAACCUGCUGGGUGUGACGCUGUGGCCCCCACAUGCCUCUUUUCAAGGAUUUUGAACGUCUCUCUGUACUGAACUUUUGCAAAUUUCUGAAGCCUCUCUCCGGUGAAAUCUGUGCUAUGAGAUUCUGGGCUCCCCUUCAAAAGUGACUGCAAAUAAAUAAAAGGCAUUAA